GCCGCGCGCGCCGCCGCCACCUCCGCUGCUCGGCCCGGUCCCGGAGCGGCCGGGCGCGGAGCCGAGGCACCGCGGCCGGCCGCAUGAAGGACUGCGAGUACCAGCAGAUAAGCCCCGGGGCCGCCCCGCCGCCCGCCUCCCCCGGGGCUCGUCGUCCCGGCCCCGCCGCGCCCCCUGCUCCAAGCCCCGGGCCUGCGCCUGGCGCGCCGCGCUGGAGCGGCAGCGGCAGCGGGAGCGGCAGUGGCAGCGGCAGCGGGAGCCUGGGCCGCCGGCCCCGGCGUAAGUGGGAGGUGUUCCCGGGCCGCAACCGCUUCUACUGCGGAGGCCGGCUCAUGCUGGCCGGCCACGGCGGCGUCUUCGCGCUCACGCUGCUGCUCAUCCUCAGCACCACCAUCCUCUUCUUCGUCUUCGACUGUCCCUACCUGGCCCGCACACUGACCCUGGCCAUUCCCAUCAUCGCUGCCAUCCUCUUCUUCUUCGUCAUGAGCUGUCUCCUGCAGACCAGUUUCACCGACCCUGGCAUCCUGCCCCGGGCCACCAUCUGUGAGGCCGCUGCCCUGGAGAAGCAGAUCGGUGAGGCUCUUACUCCUAGUCCUGCCCGGAGCUCCCCGCAGCCUUGCAGCUCCCCGCAGCCUGGCUUUCUCCUCAACGGGCAGACGGUGAAACUCAAGUAUUGCUUCACCUGUAAGAUGUUUCGGCCUCCCCGGACCUCGCACUGCAGUGUCUGCGACAACUGUGUGGAACGGUUUGACCACCACUGUCCUUGGGUGGGCAACUGUGUGGGGAGACGGAACUACCGCUUCUUUUAUGCGUUUAUCCUCUCCCUCUCCUUCCUGACGGCCUUCAUCUUCGCCUGCGUGGUCACCCACCUGACCCUGCUUUCUCAAGGAAGCAACUUCCUCUCCGCUCUGAAAAAGACACCAGCGAGUGUGCUGGAGUUGGUCAUCUGCUUCUUCUCAAUCUGGUCCAUCCUGGGCCUCUCAGGGUUCCACACGUACCUCGUGGCCUCCAACCUGACAACUAAUGAAGAUAUCAAAGGGUCUUGGUCCAGCAAGAGGGGUGGCGAGGCCUCUGUCAACCCCUACAGCCAUAAAAAUAUUAUCACCAACUGCUGUGCUGUGCUCUGUGGCCCAUUGCCUCCCAGGUAA